AUGCUAAUUUCAAGGCCUUGGAUGGUUGCUCUGAGCUUCAUCGUAAUCGCGGUGUUGCUCUGGCGGCUUAGCAGGAUUGGCCGACGACCUAGUAGCUAUCCUCCAGGGCCGCCAACUUUACCUUUGAUUGGGAAUUUGCACCAAAUACCCAGUGUCAAUCCCCACUUACAAUUUCAAAAAUGGGCAGAGACUUAUGGUCCAGUAUAUACGCUGAUGCUUGGGACAAAGGUGGCUGUUGUUCUCUCAUCCGAUUCAGCUGUCAAAGACCUAUUGGAUAAGCGAAGCGCGAUCUAUUCGGGGAGACCAGAAAUGUACAUGGCCCAAAACAUAAUGAGCGGUGGCCUUCGAUCACUAUUCAUGGGUAACACUCCUCGCUGGCGUGCCGUUCGGAAACUCGCCCAUGGCGUUCUGAACAUUUCUGUAUCUCGAAGCUAUGUCCCAUAUCAAGACCUCGAGUCCAAGGCUUUGUUAACGGGUUUACUUGAAAAUCCUAACGAUUUCUUUAACCAUAUUCGUCGAUACACGACUUCCUUGACGACCCAAAUGACUUUCGGUUAUCGAACUCCAACAAGUGAUGACCCAAAUCUGCUGGAAAUAAAUACCCCUAUUUACUACUCUUUCCUGAAUACUUUCAUUGCGCAGACCGCCGUCCUGCUUGAUUUUUACCCUAUUUUGAGGCGAUUACCGGAGAUAUUUUUUCCUGUAAUUAAACGGGGGAGAGCAUAUCAUGAACGGGAAAAACGUCUGUUUAUGAAACACCUCAUGAAUGCUCGGCGUCAGCUUCGUAGCGGGACUGCUAAGCCUUGCUGUUGCAUAGACCUACUUCAGGCACAAAAGGAGGAAGGGUUCUCAGAUGAAGUUGCUUGCUAUCUCAGUGGAUCGCUGCUCCAGGCUGGCUCAGAGACCACCGCGGCCAUCCUUAUUGGCUUCUUUCAGGCCAUGCUAGUUUUCCCCGAAGUAGCCAAGGCAGCCCAAACUGAAGUUGACCGUGUCUGCGGUGAUCGUAUUCCAGAUUUGAAUGAUUUCCCAGAUAUGCCUUAUAUUCGCGCUUGUAUGAAAGAAAGCCUUCGUUGGAUGCCGGCCACUGCUUUGGGUGUGCCACAUGCAGUGGCAGAAGACGAUACGUACUUGGGGUAUCAUAUUCCAAAGGGCGCAGGCGUAUUACUCAACGUUUGGGGUAUUCAGAACGAUCCUCAUCGACACCCAGAUCCUCGAAAGUAUGAUCCCGGACGUUGGGCCCAGGAUAAUCAAAACUCUGCUCAAGCAGCCGUCAACCCAGAUGCGACCAAGCGUGAUCACUUUGUAUUUGGCGCUGGAAGACGGCUUUGUCAAGGUAUCCAUAUAGCAGAUAGAUCCCUCUUCUUGGCCAUGGCACGCACGCUAUGGGCAUUUGAUCUCAUGCGGGCCAUUGAUCCUAAGAGCGGGAAAGAAAUCAUCCCUAACGUGGACAAUAUUCAAGAGGGUAUGUUCAUUUGCCCGGCCCCUUUUGCAGCCAAUAUCAAGCCCAGAAAUCAGGAGCGAGCAAUGGCAGUUAAAAACGCGUGGGAAAGCAUGAAAGGUUUACUUGACGACGAAAUGCAAUGGAAGAAAGUGCCUGAAGGUCUCAAGUGGAGAGACUACGAGCCCGAGGAUUAG